CUGCACCACAAUGAGCGCGAAGUCCUGUCCAGUCCAGCUUUCCCGGGAAACCGAUUCAGGACAAGAUGACGACCGCCGUUAUGUGUGUGUUCAUGUGUGCGUGUGUGUGCCGACUUCCCAAAAUGAAAGUUUAUUGUGGACUGAGGAAAAUCUUGAGAACCGGGAAAAGGGGGAACACCUCCCUCUGUCGCCCUCAGCUGACAUCGAGGGAAACACAUCUGGAGCAGAGACGCUGCAGAGCACCUUCAGCUGGAGAGGAGUCUGCUGUGGAAGCAGAGCCUUUCUCAGGUGCAAAGGUAACAUAUAUAUCAGUUUGUGUUCCUGUCAGUCAAUAAUACAAUAAAACGGCACAAAUGAAUGAGUUGCAUGCUCCUGCUCGUUGUAGUAACUGUCAGGGCUACAGUAAAACUAUUUGGAGACCCAAAGACACCCCUCAAAAGAAACUGAGACCAUAUGAUAAUGUCUUUAAAAAGUGUCACAGUGCCUCUGAAGUAAAUAAAACUUAAAAUGCAUGAAAUUUUGUAGUAGCAGUUGCUCCGUUAUGGGUGAAACAUGACAAAGUACCCUCAGGAUGCCGUCCUUUACAUAAAAGGGCCUUUCCAGUGGAGAAAACCUCAAUGAAGAGUCAUGCCUCCAAAGGCAUAUAAAAUAAAAUAUAGUGCCAUCUGAAUGCCCUUUCAGAAUAUUGUACUUAAAAAGUUCCCUCUUGGUGCCCUUCCUGAAGGUAAAAUGUCCUGUGAACACACCCUACCAGUAAAUAGAUGUAAAAAGUGCACAUGCCAGUGGAUUUGACGUAAAAACUGUGUCCUGUUAAGGUUUCAGUGGCUGAAAUGAAUAAUGAACUACCACUAUUAAAAUGCUAUUUCAAUAAAAAAAAUGUAGAGUUUGCCCUCUGGAUGCCCUUCCAAUACACGAAACCUGGAAAAAGAGCUCUCUGGGUGCCCAUCCAAUGAACAAUGAAUAACAUGUGAUAAAGAGCAAUUUUGAUGAUACUAUAAGAAACAUUGUUAAGUUGGCAUGUAAGGUUAGUGAGCUAAGUGUAAUACUCAGGAAAGAUCAUUUUUAAGCAUUUUAUUAUAUAAUUUGUUUCACAUUUAACUGCUGUGAUAAAAGAAUGGCUCAAAAUUUACAACAACGGGAGCUUCAGUUAGAAGUAGCCAUGACUUUUUUAAAAUUAUGUAGUACUUUUUUAGUGCUUCUCUGCACCGUAGUACUCUCCCUUCAAAGCAAGAAAUUUUAGAGAUUUAAUUCAUCUAUUAGGACACCUUGACCCAAUCUCUCUGGUCCAAUUGAGGGUAAUGUCCUUGCUCUUUUACAGGACUUUGUAACCAGUUUUUCUCUGCUGAAUUGUGGCGUCCCACAGGGCUCAGACUUGGGGCUCUUUCUUUUUUCCCAUGUUUUCAGUUUUGUGUAUUUUUAAUUGUGUUGCUUAGUUGGUCAUCUUUUUGAUUAUUUACUGAUGAACAUAAUGUCAAGUUCUUGUAAGGAAACUUGUGAGCUGUAAGCAUGAAAAAGGACUUUUAAGGACUUUUUGUUAGCUCAACAACCAACGUAGAUGGUGACGACUGCAAGUUUAGACAGUCCUGAGACUGCGGAUGAAUGAAUGAACAGACUUUGCUGAGUGAAGCAUUCACAGCUAAGCUUAGUCAUGUGUUCUGUCUUUGUUAAAUAAGCCAGUUAAAUUAAAUAAAUAAACUUAGUCUAGCUGGAAAACAGAUGAGUUAAUGGGGCUUGACUGUUGAGUCAUGACUUCGGAGACUCCAGCUGACGAAGUAGUCACAACACAUGGUCCACUCUGCUCAGCUUUCAGCACAAUUACCAAGGUAAGUUGCUAUAGGCUACUCAUCACGAAUAAGAACAUUUAAAAAGUUCACAAAGAUAAUCUUUAGUGGGAACCUAACGAACUCUUACAGCUGAUAAAGAAUUUAGGAAACUCUUAAAAGCUUCAAGUGAAAAAGGUGAUCUGACAGCGGAAAACUAUGCAAGUAAACACUCAUUACAUUUUUAUAAGGAGUUAAAGCUCCUGUGAGGAACUUUCUCUUUGUGAGGGUUUGGGCGCCCCCGGUGGAAAAAAUUCAACUCAGCUAAUCUAAUCCUGUAAAAGGAAAAAAAGUAUUUCUGUCCUUAAAGAAAAGUGGAAAAGAAAAACUGUUUCUUCAGGUUGCAGUUAGUUUAUUCGAAGACACCUACCCCCUCACUGCAUCUUCAGGCAUGUAAAAUUAAAAAACUCAUUUGUCGGUAUUGCUGCUGAUGGUCUUGUUAGCUUUUGUAACUUAAAAUGAGGCAUUAGUUUUAAUUUCAGUAUGUUCCAUACCUUUGUAAAGACUUUGUGAAAGAGCUUUAAGUCAAGUUACGAUGGUAGCUGGAGUAGAUGAUUCAACGGGAUGACUAUCAAGGGGGUCUCCUGGUUCAUGUCAAACACCAAAAUAAUUGACAAACGUGUUAGCCAGAGCUCAAUAGUGAAAACAAAGAAGUUAAGACAAGCGUCCCUUCACCUCCAGCUCCACCAGCAUCCACUUCCACCUCACCAGAGCGCAAAUCUGGGUUGCAAGGUUGAUCCCACGAGUGUGUAUGUGUGCGCACCCUGUCGUGUGCUGUGAAAUUCCUCUGCCAAAGAAAGUCCUCAUUGACUCGCCUUCAGCAAACACGCUAUGACAGUGUCCAGGGGAGACCCAACAGAGUGCCGAUUCAGCUGCCUGCAACAGGAUCCCCCCCAGCCAACUCCAGCCCCCCCACCCCUCCACCCCCCACCACACACACACACACACACACACACUCACACAGCUUGUCCUCUCAGGGACCAGGAAGGAAGAGAGCUCAGCACCUUGAAAGAGCACUUCCCAUGUACCUGUCUGAGCUGCGUCGGAUGUGAGCUUUUGUUACCACCGGUUUCAGCCCACAGACAAGAAGGGUAAUGUCCUCUUGGCCUGUGGCAGAGGGAGAUCGUCAGUCUGGGGUGUAAAGUUUCAUGGGGAUUGUAAUGAUCAUUGCAGAGACCUAUGGAAGUGAUUCCCAAACUGCGGUCCAGGGAUUUCCUUGUGUUUCUGAAGGCCUGCCUGUUCACUCACUUGGUUUGUGUUAUAUAAGGAGAUUGAAACCACUCCAUCAGUCAGCAGCUGGUUAGCUUAGCUUAGCUAAAAACUUUAACAGAAGGAAACAGCUGGUCUUACUCUGGCCAAGGGAAAUAAAAUCAACUCUGGUGCUCGCUGAACUAAGUCCCUCUUCUGGCCAUUUUGCUGAUUGGAAGUAGUCAGUGUUCAGUUUUCUGCAUGCUUGUUCCUCUUGAUAAAAUAAAAGCAUGCCGACAAACUUGAGUGUCAUUCUGGCAUGCAACUGCAACCACAGCAGUGAUUGUGACCCAGUCACACCCCAAAAUUGCACACAGGGGUGCACCAAUGCUAACACAAACAAAAAGUUCCACAGGAGCUUUAACACACAAAGUAGUGGGCAGAGUAAAGUGUUAGACUGUUAUGUAAUAGUUAUGUAAAAUCAGUCGCUGGUGGUCUUUACUUUAAGAGUCCUGCUCAUGCAACUUCACAUUUCCCCCCCGAUUUUCUGCCUCCUCCAUCCUGACCUGAAAAAAAAAACUCAACCCCAGCAGAGGCCAAAACCUCCAUUAAUGGAAACCAUGAACGAGCUUGGUGGAAAGACCAAUUAAACAUAGAGUAUUUUCUGAAAGAGAUCCCAAGGCAAAAUUUGUCCUUUUAGUGUUUUAUGAGCUGAUAUUUUUCCACUCAUCACAUUUGACAGCCAUUGUGGACUCUGCCUUUAACCACUGACAGGUGUGGGUAGAUGCUGUGACUGUUUUCACUCCAGACCAGUGGUGGGUAAUAGAAGUCAGCUGGGUUUGAAUGCGGCGCGUAUUAGGGGUUGAGUGGCUGCAGGAAAUUAGAGGGUUUUCCUGCAGACAGACAGUGUCGAUGUAUCUAACGUCUUCACACUAAAUCUAUGAGUCAUCUCUAGAUAAUGGAGCAGUUGUAUCAUAAAGAGAUAAAUCACAGCAUAGACAGACCUGAGGAGUUUAGGGUCAUACUUUUCCUUUCUAUGUCUAAGACAGACACUAAACUCUGAGCAUGCAUCUUUAGGUGUUGAAACUCCAGUGUGAUAAACACAGUGUCUUUGUUUCACUCCUGUGUCUCAGGGAAUUGGGACCAGCUGAGUCCAGACUCCUCCAUCCGUCCAGGCGCAGCUGGAUCCAAUAAGAGCAUGGCCCCGGUGCUGUGUUUACCCAUUCCAUACGUUACUGCAGGAAAUUUCAAGAAAGCUUCUAUUCUUUCCUGA